AUGGCUACGAAAGGAUCGCCGACAAGAAAUUUUCAGCGAAAUAAUACAAUGCCGAUCGUGCCGCCAUAUGAUCCAAAGACUGUCAGGACCGGGUACAGCCUGCCACGAAGGGGGCUAAUCAUUGUACCAUAUUUUGAUCUUUUCACUUGGUUCGAAGUUCUUGGGACUACAUUAGCGGCUGCGGAAAUCUAUUCUAGCAUUUAUUCCAAAUAA